CCCGCGGUUUUUAUAUCGUUUCGGAGGGCGGACGGUGGAGGCGAGCGCGAAGGAUCAGAGAGGUUCGGAGCUGAGGCUUGGUCCAUUGGGAUAUCUCUCUUUCUUUCUUGCGUUAUUCAGAAGCGAAUCGCUGGAGAUAAGAAAGGAAGAGGAGAAGCUUCGUUAAGAGGGCGGAUAUCGAGGAUAAGGAAGCGAGGACCAGACUAUCCUGGGGGCGGGAAUUGAGGGGAGAGAGCGGUUUCUCUUCCCCUGUGGGGGUUUGAGGGGUCUUCAAAGCUGGAUCGUUGAGAUGAACGACGGAGGGCGGGGGAGGGCCGGCGAUCGGGCGGCGGGUGCCGGCGGCGGCGUCGGCGGUGGCGCGGUGUGGAGGCUGGCUGACGAGAUGAACAGCAACGGAUGCCGAGGGGUGGAGUCGGAGUAUGUGCGGAGGCUCCACCGGCACGAGCCCAGGGAGAAUCAGUGCAGCUCCACUCUCUUCAAGCACAUCAGAGCUCCUGUUCACCUCGUGUGGUCUUUGGUGAGGAGAUUUGAUCAGCCCCAGAAGUACAAGCCCUUUGUAAGCAGAUGUGUCAUGCAAGGGGAUCUGGGGAUUGGGAGCGUGAGGGAAGUGAAUGUCAAAUCUGGGCUCCCUGCCACCACCAGCACCGAAAGGUUGGAGUUUCUUGAUGACAAUGAGCACAUACUCAGCAUUAAGAUUGUGGGAGGAGACCAUAGACUCAAGAACUACUCCUCCAUCAUUACCCUCCAUCCGGAGAGCAUUGAUGGGAGACCAGGGACACUGGUGAUAGAAUCCUUCGUGGUGGAUGUGCCCGAUGGGAACACCAAGGACGAGACAUGCUUUUUCGUGGAGGCGGUGAUCAAGUGCAAUCUCAAAUCUUUGGCUGACGUGGCAGAGCGCUUGGCGGCGCAAGACCGGACGGAGCCCAUCGAUCGAUGAUUCCGCUGAGUCAUCUGCUGGAAAUUCUCCUGAUAAAGCUCUCAAGCCAUUCAGUACUUGGAAGCUUUUGGGAGAUACUGGUAGUUUCUCCUCCUUGGAUCCUUCUCUCACCCUUCUCCUCCUAUCCUUCUGUGUCAUUCCCAUGCUCUUUCCGAAUGAAGGCAAUGUUUUUAAUUGUCUGGGUAGAGCAGGAACCUCUAUUCUCUCAUAGGACUCACACAUUCAGAACUUGCGCAUAGGUAGUUGGGUUUCCUCGCUCGGGUUUUCCUGAACUAUGGCUUUUGAGCGGUGGUGUGUGUAAAUAUCUAUGUUUAAAUUGAUGUUUGUAUGAUGUUAGCGAUGAAGGCCUAUCUAUCUGAUGCUGCCGUGGAGAUGGGAAUUUAGAGGACGUUCGGCUGUCUUGUUGGGUGCUUUCGUGCGGGUUGGAGGCAUUGUGUAUAUUUGGACAUUGAGAUAGAGAAAUUCUGGAUGGACGUAGAUUUAGUAAUAGAUUUCAUCUCAGGACGUGUAAUAUUCUCUCCUGUUUGACAUUAUAUCUUAGCAGUUCAGAGUUAACAUGCCUGUUUGGAAAACUCGUUUGUUCAAA